AUGCCUGACAGGGCUGACGAGCAAACUUCAUCGGCGCACUUGCUUAAGCGGUGAGUGAUGUUUGACAUUCGUGCAUUUUGUGCACCACUGCAGUGACAAUACUUGCGGAAGUCUUCCGUUCGAACACUACUGUUAAUUUUCUCGGAUUCAGUCGUCUUUCUUUAGUAUUUGGUUGGGUGCAGGGAAUUGAAAUUACUGCACGACCGCAGCAACAGCAUACUUUUCUGGAGGCUUUUAGCAUACGCCACAAUGUUAUCGACCUCAGCCUGCUACCAGUAGCCUUGCCUUUGUCGAGGGAUUUGAGGACACAAAAUCCACUUAACUGAAUUGUGAAAAGCCAACAGUCUGACGGACUGAAAAUCAUUAACUUUUCUGGUCCUAAUGAAAUGUUUGAAUCAGUUGUUUUGGUUAAGUCCGCUUGACACUAUAAUAUAUAGGAUGAUUUUCAUCCCAGUCUGGUUGGUAGCCCGAUUGGCUUCACCACUGAAGUCCAUUUGAACAAACCGUGCCUGUUAGAAUGAUUGCGCGUUGCUAGCCGCUUGCCCGUUCGACUCCCACCCGGUAGACCGACCUCUGAUAGACUCAUCGUCACUUAUGCUGACUAAUUUAACACGAUGGCUCGGCAUGAAUUUUGAAACCAGUACGUAUCCCUGGCUGACCGACGAAAAGGCGUGCUUCAAGUUAGUUUGAAAACUGAAAGCAGUUGGCUCAAUUAUAUGCAGAAAACAACGUUAAUAUUCUUCCGUUACAAGGCGGUGGUAGGAAACUCAGACAAGCAGAGAGAAACAAAAAUAUGAAAAGUGUGUAGGCCUAGGUAACCGCGCUUGAUAUCUACUAACGCUUUUUCGAGCGAUGUGACCAGCAAGAACUUAUUCCGGCUGCUCUCUCCAGCAGAGUCCUCAGGGCAGUUCGAUGCGUAAAUCAGCUCGUUUUGCUUGAUGAGAAUAUGGUUAACACACGGCGCGUUGUCUUGCUAGACCUUUUAUACCUUCAUCCCGGUUAAGAAUAAUGAAGUAAUCCCUCAAGCACGCAAAUGGCCCAUUAUGAUGUUUUCUUUUUGAUUUAUGAGAGGUUGCCAUUAAUUGUGACCGAGCUGUGAAAAAAACUCAGUUACCUCAGUUGGAUUCGAACCCACGACGUCAGUUGGAGGGCAUGGGUACAGCCAACCCUCUGGCCACCUAAGCUAAGACGCCCAACCGGGAACCGUUGGCUGUACUCGGUCCUUGCCUUUGUUGUCGUCGGUUCGAAUCCCAUCUAGGUCGCCGAGUUUUUCACAGCUGGGUCAGAUAAACGCGAGCUUUGUUUGGUAGAGACGUGCACCGGCUCAUGCCGGCUUCGUUCGCCCUAGAGCUCUUGAACGUUCUCUCCCUCUCUCUAUCGCGCGAUUAUCGAGAAAUCCUUUACCAAGAAGUCUGACAGUUCUAGGUUUCAAAGUCUUCGCUGCAGUUCACCGACUGGAAUUUCACAGAUCUCUUACAGAAGAAGGAUUAGCGCUCAGUCUUUCUCAUUUUUGACUGGUCCUCAUUUCAAUCAAUUACUCCUGCUUCUGACAUGCUACAGCAGUUACUAUUCCCCUUUUUAAAUAAUACACUGUCCUAAAUAAUUUUCAUGCGCUUACUUGUAUCUUUUUGCAUAAGUGCGCAGGUUUUUGAGUUUACCAUUGUUCCUCAUUUUAAAACUGGGUUUAGAUUCUGAGGACGAGUGAGCACGCAGUAUGUGAAGAGACAUUGAGGCCGUAGCAUGUUUUUAGUGUUUUCGGAAAAUCCACAGGCGAAUCCUUCUUUAUAAAAAACAAUUCGUUUAAAGCCACGCCCCUUCCUUUGAACAGCCUAAAUGGCUUGUCGGAUAUUUCUUGUAUCCAACAGAUGCCUCCUUAGUAGCUCUUGACGAAAUAAUAAUAGCAUUUAGCGUCAUAUUUCCGUUCAUCCCCAUCCCCAAAGAAAUGGCCGUGUGAGCUGGCAUUGAUCGGCUACAAAAAGGUGCGAUCAAGAUAAAAAAAAAGUCAUGUGAAGACGAAUGUGGAAGCCCGAGGCUCUUGGUGCAAGGAGGAAAAGCAUGUAAUCGUAUGUUAGCAGUUAUACCUAUCCAAAGAAUUUCUGAACGCAGUUACAUUUUUAGGCGUUUCUACCCCUAGGCGCUGCAUUCGCAUCGGGUGAAAAUGAUUCGUAGUGUCUCUAGAUCGCUAUGCUAGUUCUGUUAUGUCCUGCACAUUAAUCUUGCAUAAUAUUACGAGAAGAGUGUUCGAAGUUCCCUCGCCUUGAUGUUUUUUUCCCAUCGAAGAGAACUCCGAGGAUUUUCGUCGGCACCAGCUUACCCUGUGUCACCCGAAACAUCCCUUUCGGCCGAUUCGUUGUUGUGCAUCGUCCAUAAGACUGGUUUGAUCGCAUACGGCUUUCUUCUCUUUUUGAGCCUUUUGCCUCACGUCUUCAAAUACCCUUAAGAAGAAAAUAUGUCUGGAUCAUAUAUAUGUACGUAUAUGUAUAUUUACAUAUAAAUGACAGUUCGUCCAUCGCUUCCGAUGAUGUGCACCGUGUGCCUCACACCAGGGUGGGGCAGGGACGGUGACUUGCGCAUGAAUUAGUUUAUAGUGAUGGCAGGCUUGCGAUGCAUCUCACAUACUCUCUUCUCCUCCCCCACAUGGAUUCUGUGUCAAGACAUAGUAAAGAAGACUGGAGGCGGGGGAGGGCGCAUAUAUAAAUAUGCAUAUAUGUACAUAGGCAUGCAGUAAGUGACUGAUUUCAUGAGAUGCUGGCCGAAAUUCUGAAAUGCGUUUUCGAUUAGGAAGGAUUACUUAGGUAGGGUUGCAAUAUUGAUUAUUAUGCGACACGAUUCUAUGACAUUUCGGACUUGCCAGGAUGUCGGCUUUUGAAUACACGUCUUUUUGACCCCCUGAAGAAACCACAUUCGGUAAAAAUGACCACUUAAAUUGCGUGCAUUUUCACAUUUAUUUUCGAUGGUUUUAUAAAUUCAAAUAUACUUUAUUGAAAACAUGCACAAAAGUAUGCCUUCUUUCACUCAUUUGGCACAAAAUCACAUUCUCUUCACAUAUUAUACCCUAAGGAAGGUCAUCUUCGGUUUUAAAAACGUUUUUAAUUAUGACAUUUUAAAGACCGUGCGAUGUCCAGACAUACAGCAUCGCACAUGUCCGCUUACCAAUGCUCCUCAUGAAAUGUACGACAUAGUUUGCAUCCAUUACAAAAUUUUAUGAACUCUAAAUAGUAUCUUCUUAAAGGCAUAGAGGAAUAUAUUAUUUUCUUUACGCGGAAAGCAUACAGCUUGUAAACUGAAAUAGCUAACCACUGAUGCAACGACUGAUAAGGUUCGAGAUGAUUCAAAGAAAAUGACUGUAAAAAAUGUAUGCUACAUAAGCAGUCAUUUUUUACCGAGUAUGUUUUCUGACGGGUGUCAAAAAGAAGUGUAUUCUAAAGCCGACAUCCUGUCAAGUCGAAAAUAUCAUAGAAUUUUGUUGAAUGCUAAUCAGUAUUACAACCCCACCUAGGUAAUUCUUCCUAAUCGAAGACGCAUUUCAGAAUUUUGGCCAACUACCCCUAUGAAGAUACUGUCGAUACCGAGUUGACUUCCUGUCUGCAUACAAAAGGAGAUGUAGGUGCUAGAGAAUGCCUAUGGAGUUGUGUACAUCCUCAGUUCAUGCAAGCCUCUUUUUUCUUAUAACCAAUGCAGCCUCCUAGGCGCAUUUUCCGUGCAGAUUGAAGAUUACAGUCUGACAUGACUCUCUCAAGCGUUGCAUUUAUGUCUCCAUUUUGAUCCGUAGCACCAAUGACCGGAAGGUCUUAUGUAUCCUCUACUUAUCAACUAUGGCGGCUACUAGCAUCGCGGUGUCAGUUCAGGCCAUGGAUGAAACGAAAGUAAGUCUGUGUCUGACCUCUCUCUCGCUCUUUUAUCUUCGCAUAUUAUUUUCCUUUUUUUUCUUAGUACUCAACUUCAUAAGUUAGCUAACACACAUUCUGUAUCCACAUCAAAAGAAAGGCAUGUGGAAAAAUUUGUCACUCGCAAUAUUUUUUUUCACUUUUGAUACUGUCACACUGCUGGUUUUUCAUGAUGUGGAUUUUCACUUUGAACGUUCCAGUUACAAGGCAUGACUGAGUCAGGCAUUUAGCACAGCAGCUGCAUGGGCAGGAGAACGUUGUUGGGAGGAGAAUAUGCUCCCUGCUCGCCACCAACACCGACCACGUGGCACGAAAUUUCUGGUACUUCUUGUCCACUUCUCGACCAGUGAGUUUCCACGCCACUUGGCUAGGAGACCUGAGCAAAUAUUAAUAGUCGCAAACUAAAUAAGCUCUCGACCCCAGGCAAUUAGGGAAUCGACCACUGAACCUCCCUAAAAAGAUAGUUUGCAUGUGACCUCCAGUCAUCAUUCUCGCUGGCCCUCUGCUGAUUAACUCUUCUAAAAAAAGUUUGAUCGCUUGCGAAAGCUAACCGGUGAGCUUGUGGACCGGGAAAGCAAGAUUUACGUUGAGAUUUCCCUCGUUUCUUUGGUAGAAGAAAGGAUCUCAAAUUCUCGGUCCUGGCCUGCAGGAUUCUCACUGUUGCGAAACGUGAUGAACCGGUGACAAAUGAGUCCUGGUUAAUUACCUGGUUGUCUGUUCUGCCACCUUGUUGUACGUUAGAUAGCUUUUUAGCAGAGAUUGAGGCAGAUGAUGAGAAUCACGAAGAAUUAGUUACUUUCCACUUACAUGUUAAGGAACGACCGUGACUACAGACGUAAAAUAGCAUACCUCUGUCAGUGCUGACUUUUAGAAAAGCAUGAAAAACUCAUGGGUGCAAUUCUCUAGGAUAAUCGUCACAGAUGAUCUUAAUAGUUAGCUUGGCACGAAUAUCUUCGUUUGGUAUGAAAGAAAAUGGGUGUAGAACUCACUAAGUAACAGCUAGUUAUGAGCUUGUAACUUUUUCCUGCAGGCUUUGCCCUUAGUAAAUACGAAUGACUACAUUGUCUCCUUUUUCACAUUUAUGACUACAAAAAUACUGUAGUCAUCCCCUACAUUGUCCAGUAACUGGGAGGCACGCAACAUCCUGCAAACUGACUUGCCAUUCAGGGUCUUAGUUUGCGACUUUCGUAUAGAGGAAGCGGACGAACUAGGGUGUUGUGGUUCAUUCAGUCCACUUCGUAAGACUUCCAUAUACGUGGAUGACCAGUAGAUGCAGCUAGUAUUUAAUGGCCAGACCUACAGGGAGCGGCGACUUUCUCCACCUCAGAGUCGGCGCAUCAUCAACAGAACGCCACCAGAAGCAGCAACGAUUAUCAGAUGUUUUACCUAUUGACUGCUACCACCAUAAGCAUCCAUAAAAGUGAUCCGCCCAAAAAAGGUAUUUCAUAGCGCGGGGGUAGCGUUCACCGGCCUAGGUUUAAGUCUCAUCCCGUUGGGCCUUGAAGCUCUCUCGGUGGCACAGUGACCAGUAAUGCUGUUGAAUGCCAACGAAGGACGAAGGAGACUGGGAUUGCUAUUUCGGGCUUAUUAACUGUUUCCAGCCAAUCAUAGCCUAACCACGAAUUUAGGUAAACCAGGACACGAACCGCACCCCGGAGGGAUGAAGAUUGAUUUCCAAAUCGUAAGGAGAUGAGCACUGUAAGCAGACUGGGGAACAGCCCUGUCACGCCAGUUAUUAUUUCCAGAGGCAAGCGGCAGGAUAACGGGCGUGUGUCGUAAUGUCAGAGCGUUUGGUUUAAUGUUCACUGCGCAAAGACCACGGCUCGUGUUCUCCAAAUCUGAAGUUGGGGAAUGGUUGGUUUACUACGCUAAUGAGCCAAAAGUGACCAUCAUGGUCUUUCCUGUACCUAUCGGUAUUUAUUCGGAAUAGGCAUUUACUGAAAACGACAUUCACCAACCUACCAUUCAUGAAACUACGCAUAGAUAUCAGAACUACAGUAGAUGUGCUAACUCAUGAAAUGUCAACCAAAAUUUCGAAAUGCGUUCUCGUUUCGAAAAGAUAAAUUAAGUAGUGUUGUAAAACUACUCAUGAAGCAGUAUAAAUCUAUAAUGAUUCAGUUACCUCAGGGUGUCGGCAUUUGAAAUAACUUAUUUUCGGCUGCAUGCAAGAUCUAUACUCUGCAAAAAAUGACUGCUUAAGUAGUAUGCAAUUUUCUAAUUGAUUUUCGAUGCCCUUGAAAAUUCAAUUAUAUUUCGUGGAAAACAUGCAUAAAAAUAUUCAUUCUUUUACUUAUUCGUUAGAAAAUCACACCUUCUUCCAAUUUCAUACUCGAAAGAAGAGUAUAGUUCGGUUUUAAAAAAGUUUCUAAUUGUGAGAUUUUUUAAUACCGUUAAAUGGCCGUUCAUGAAACGUCAUGUAUCUGCAUUUACGAAUGUGGCUUGUAAAGUUAACAAUAUUGCUCAAAUCCACUGCUUAAUUUUAUGAAUCUCAUAUGAUCUCCUGUUGAUACCGUAGAGAAAUGCAUGGUUUUCCGUACACGGAAAAUAUACAGCUUGUAGUUUUGAAACCCUGAAUGCAUGUGUAACAGCAAGUCGGGUUUAAAAUUAUUCGGGAAUUAGAAAAUUUUUUUAAAACCGAAUUAUACUCUUUUUUUGAGCAUGAAAUUGGAAGAAGAUGUGAUUUUCAACCGAAUAAGUAAAAGAAUGAAUAUUUGUAUGCAUGUUUUCCACGAAAUAUAAUUGAAUUUUUAAGGGCAUCGAAAAUCAAUUAGAAAAUUGCAUACUACUUAAGCAGUCAUUUUUUACAGAGUAUAGAUCUUGCAUGCAGCCGAAAAUAAGUUAUUUCAAAUGCCGACACCCUGAGGUAACUGGAUCAUUAUAGAUUUAUACUGCUUCAUGAGUAGUUUUACAACACUACUUAAUUUAUCUUUUCGAAACGAGAACGCAUUUCGAAAUUUUGGAUGACAUUUCAUGAGCUAGCACAUCUACUGUAGUUUAGAAUAUGAUUAUUGCGCCACCAAGAUCCCCAUCUUGCGCACGUGGUCACAACAUUUUACAAAAGCUAUAGCACAAAAAUGUGACACAGAGAGAUGCAUCCUGCCCCGCUUCUAUAAUCAACAGCGGGUCGACACAAAUUGUCUUGGCACGCUGCAAUGAUCAAAAAAUUUGUCGAGGAAAUAUUAACAAGCAAAACCGGAAAUAUACAGCGGGACGAGUGAGUUCCGUAAGGACGAUCGGUGAGCGUCCCUCCACCAUUAUACAUUCUUAAUAUCAACCAACAGGUCAACUAGCUCGUGGCUCAGUGGUUAGGGGCGCUGGACUUCUAACCAACAGGUCGCGGGAUCAGGCCUCAGGUACUCGACACUUCGGGAUUGGAUAUGACUGGCUGAUGACGGCUAGUAAGCCACAAAAGGCCAUUACAAUCUCCCUUGUCUUUAUCGGUAAUGGUAUUCUGGAAGAAACAAGUUUUUGUCAGCUUCUUGACCAGUUGAUGACGAAAAAUACGCCCUCGCGAACUCUGCCUUUCUUUUACUCUAGAGUGGACUCACCGCUGUCAUCCAAGACAUGAUCUUGGGCACUUUGUACGCGACCAGCAGCCUUCUACUCUUCGGCAUCACCGUUUACUUUUUCGUGCGACGGAACCAGACCUUCGAGUCAGCUCGCGACAGUAUUGAACAGGUUUCUUUCAUCGUGAAAUAUUCCAGCCACGGUGAACCUAUCAAUCUUUACCUUCGAAUUGGCCUCGCUAGUAAGUUUUUUUCUUGUGAGCGACACACUCGCUCUAAGGCCACUGCUCCUUUCCCUAAUCUGUUUCUUCAGACGCUGAAAAUUCGCAGUCCUUCAGUUUAUUCUGCCAUUUAUGUUUCAUUUCAGUAUUUGCUCUCAUGAGCGUUGGUCAAAGCAGUGUACGAAUUUCACAAAUCGCCAAAGGUGACACCGUUCGCUGGCCAGAAAUCUACAAAACUGCAUUCGAGCUAAAUUUCUACGUCUGCCAAACAACCUUCAUUCUUGUUUACCAUCGAGUAAGUAGUGCCGUCGCCUCCAAUUCCCUAUUGAUAUCACUGGUUAACUGCCAAAAUCAGACGCUUCGUCUUAUCCGCUUUCGCUUUUUGAUGAAAGAGAGUUCCUGCGUCAUGCCACGAGAGCCUGAUGGGUACAUAUGUCCCCCCCCCCAAACGGGCCCCGUGGUAGAUGCACUGGUUUAACACAGGGGCUACAUCGGAUUCUGGCAGGCGUAACCGGAUUGCGAAGCAUAACAAAUGCCAACAGUCAAGGGGUGCUGUUGCAGACCCAGUUGCCGGCAGAUGUCGCGCACAUUUGGGUUUUGCGGCCCUCCCCAUUGUUGUUGUUGGUUAUAAUUCUGGUCAUUUGUUUUGCGGACCAGGGGGUGCGGAGCGGAGAACCGAGGUGUCGGCUCCACCGUGCCAUCCACCUGCACCCUUCCCUGCCUCCGGUCUUCUUGGCUCUGUCUUAACACCGGGUCCAGGUGAGAGAGGAGGAGAGAGUGCGGUCGGUGCUGUGAAAGUCUACUGCCGCUAUAAACUAAUUCAUGCGCAAGUCACCGUGCCUGCUUCAUCUUGCUCUGGGGGGCACACGAUGGACAUCGUUGGCAACGACGGUCGAAUUCUCGGUAGGUGCAUAAAUUGGGUAGCAGGCGUCAGCAGGCUUGCUUGCUUUACGCGUUCAUUGUCCUGCUAAUCAAUAAAUUAUGGGAGGGAGAGGGUUGUGGCGAAAUCACCUCGUGCUGAAAGAAAAGGUAGCUCGGCUCGUUUAAAACUCGUUUUCAUCCAAUUAUAGACAUACAGUUUUACCCCGCGUCAAUGAAGGCGGCACAUUCUAUGGUAUGGAACGUCUUAGAGCAAGCUUUAGUGCCGUCCGCGAAUGACCUCAAUAGGGGACAGCAGGCAGGAGAUGUGUCUUGAGUUAUAGUUCCAGCAUAUAGCACUCACAGACAGUCGCAUAUCGAUGAUAAGUCGUUGACAGAGAGGGUUUACUGGAAGACACGAAUGGCCACUUUUUACCCCCUUGAGAUUGUCAGUCAGCCAUAGCCUAGUCUCUGUUAGGAAAACCUGUGAAUUAAACACACAUCGUGUAGGUCAUGCUCUAAAUUAUGUAAGCCACCUGGCGGAUUUUGUGCGAUCUGGCCCGGCUGACCACAGUCCUGGUAUUUAAAUGGCAGGCCAUUCAAUGCAUGCUUCAGCUGUGCUUCGGUUAAUAUGACGGGGUUUUCCGUUUUCGAAAACCGGCAGAGACCGGUAACGUAGUAAAUCUGACUGGCUGAAAUUUUUCCACUGGGUAUUUUAGGGCCAGUGGCGCCGACGAUUCUCAGGUGGUCAGCAUAAGAACCCGCACCCUUCCACUAGAGUGGCCCUUUGUCGCCACUACCUGAGUCAACGUCUAGUACACGGCCCUAUGCAAGGGUUAAUCUGGAUCAUCACUGCCGGUUGGGGCUUUAUAAAGCGUUGAUGAUGGAGGAGAAUGACCCGACCAAAAGAAGCGAGCAGUGGGAACUUAUGGAAACUAGACAGACCCUUAAAACAAUUACGCGAAAGACCUCGGUUUAUCACUUACUGACUGGAAAUUUCCCUAAGCCUGGUAUACAGACUGAUGUAACUGUCUGGUAUUACUGAGCAUCUUCCCUUUCACGCCCUAACGUUAGACCAGCAGAGCACAAUGUUUUGUUUCGUGAUCUGGUGCAACAGGAGGCAUUUGAACGCCUCUGUAUGAAUUGCAGUCGCAUACUAUGCCCGUCAUCUCUACAUAUUGUUUGCGCACUUAUACAAUCCUUAUGACGUCAUUUGGCGAAACAGACUGUGACGCAUCAGAUUACUAGAAUUCCCCUGUACAGGUCUAGAUGUGAACCCAGAUUACGUUUCUUAGAUCGUCUCUUCUAGAAUAGUAGGUUGGCAGAACUUACCGUAGGCGUGCUAAGUCGUUAAAUGUUAAUUGAAAUUCUAAAAUGCGUUUUCGUUUCAAAAGAUUAUUUAAGUAUGGCUUUAGAAUUAAUCAUCCCGAGAUGCCGGCAUUCGGACGAACUUCUUUUUGGCCGCAUCCGAAAACCACACUGUAAAAAUGACUACUUAAGUAGCCUGCGUUCUCUCACCGAUUUUCAAUGCACUUAAGAAUUCAAGUAUACUUCACGGGGAACAUACAUAAAUAUAUUCCUUCUUUUACGAAUUCGGUAAAAAAUUACGUCUUCCUCCAAUUGUAUACUCGAGGGGAAUGUAUAGUUCGGUUUUUGGAAAGUUUCUAAUUAUGAGAUUUUUAAAUACCUCGAAAUAUCCGUUCAGAAAACAUCAUGUCUUUGCAUAUACUAAUGUUGCUUGUAAAGUUUACAAUACAGCUCAAAUCCACCGCUAAAUUAUAUGAACCCCAUGUGGUGUCCACUUAAUAUGAUGGAGAAAUGUACGGUUUUCCGCAUGCGGAAAACAUACUACUUGUGGAUUUAAAACCCUGAGUACAAGUAGAACGGCAGGGAACGUUUUUGAAAACCGAAUGAUAUCCUUCCUUCGAGUAUAAAAUUGUAAGAAGACGUAAUUUUUACCGAAUGAGUAAGAGAAUGAAUAUAUUUAUGCAUGCUUUCCACGAAAUAUAAUUGGAUUUUUAGGUGCGACGAAAAUCACUACUUAAGUAGUCAUUUUGUACCAGAGUGCAGUUUUUGCAUCAGGCGGGAAAGGAGUUCGUUCGGAAGCUGGCAUCUUGCGGUAACUGAAUUACCAUAGAUUUAUGCUGCAGGAUGAUUAACUUUUAAACUUUACUCAAGUAAUCUUUUUGAAACGAAAACGCAUUUCAGAAUUUCGGUUAACAUUGCAUGAAUUAGCACAGCUACUGUACUUGCAGGAUAAUGGUGACAUGCGAACUAGAUGACAGUUCAUAGACGUCCAUCACAGUACGGCCAUCGGACUGCGAUAUUUUCUGAAGCAGUUAGUGUGCUGGGCCCCUGUCCUCCCCGAUCUGUUGACACUGGCGUUUCCGGUCUGCGACCGCUUAUUCAACGGACGCACAAAUCUACUUGUUUCACAGGUUGCAUUCAUCAAAGAUCUCUCUUUUAUCUGUUUCUUCGUCCCCCUCUUCAAGACGCGCUGAGCAGGUCCGUCUUAUCCGGCAGACCUGUCCUUCUGUAGACCAAAAGGCGACUUUUAUCGGACAGGUCUUAAAAGCUGGCUACACUCAAAACUAUAGCGAAUUAAUUUUCUAAUGAGUUAUAGGUUCCCUGCUACGAGCUGUUGCCUCCACAAUGUAAGUUAGGACUUUGUUGCUGAUGAUUCCGUAAUAGUCAAGCCUUAGCGUGAACCCUUCGGACACCUUCUCUUCUUUGUCGCCAAAUCCAUCGCCACCUCUCUCCCCUACAGAGGAAAUUUUAACCGAAAUUCUGACAAGCGUUUUGAAUUACGAAAGAUUGCUUAGGAGAUGCCGUCUUCUGAAUGUGCGUCUUUCUGACCGCCUGUAAAAAACCUCAGUCGGUGCGGGUUAACUGUUUAAGUGGUUUGAACAUUUUCUAUCGAUUUUCGACGUUCUCAUAAAUUCAAAUACAGUUUACGGAAAACAAACGAGCAUUUUCUUUCUUGAGCUCAUUUAGUAACAAAACCAAGUCUCCUUUGAAUUUUAUAUUCGAAGAUGGAGUAUAUCUAGGUUUUAAAAAACCUUGUAAUUAUGAGAUCUUUUAAGAACAUGAGAUGUUAAUCCAGAUAGCAUUGUACCUGCCCUUUUAUUACUAUUCCUUAUGAAGCAUCCAAAAUAGUGCACGUCUAUUGCAGAAUUCUAUGAGUCCUGCAUAGUAUCUUUGUAAUGACACAGAUGCGUGGUAGAUUUUCCUUAUAUACUGCCUGUAGGUUGUAAAUACUAGACACAUAGGUUGGGAAUUAUUCAGGUAGUGAAAAACUUUUUAAAGACCGAAAAAGGCCUUUGAAGAGGAUGUUAUUUGUAACCAAAUGAGCACAAGAAAGGCCAUAUUAGUAGUUUUUUCCAUUUAAUAUAUUCGGAUUUCAUUUAAUCUGGUGGGACAUCAUAGCUCAGUUGGUUAGAGCGGUGGCAGUACUCGGGCCUUGUCCUCACUUUCGGGCUUCGAAUCCUGCUAAGGCCGCCGAGUUUUACAAAACCGUGCCAAAUAAAUUAUUCAAAUCUUUCAAAAACUCAAAUGACUGUUUGUAUUCAUAAGACCAUUGGGAAUCAAUGGAAAAAAAUUCAGUGUACUAAAGCGGCCAUUUUUUUCCCGAAUUCCGUUAUUACUCGCGGACGGAAGGAAGUUGAUUCAAAAAGCCGGCGUCCUGACGCAAUAGAACUAUCUCGAGAUUGUGGCAGUGAUAAUCAUUAUUACAACCCCACAUAAGUAAUCAGUCCUAAUCGAAAACGCAUUUUAGAAUCUAGGCUAACAUUUCAUGAGAUUGGUCACUGACUGUGUCUACGGGCGAAGUUCACCCUGACUGACACCAACUGACAGUUGGUGUCAAUCAGUCACUAAACCCAACAGCCGGACCGAAACGGGCGACCUGCCUACCUCAGUAAGAGCACACCUACUGAUAACAAGUUCCCUAGACAAGGUAAGCACACUUACUGAUAACAAGUACGUACGUCGACAGUAUCAACGUAUAAUGUCUGGCUACCAACUGUGAUCAUACCGCCGUUAUGAUUUCGUAAUUUCAUUACAGCUUCAGAUUGUGUUCGUUGUAGGUAAAUGUGAAGGAGACAUUUGCUUGACAGCAUGUUGACAAAAUAAUCGCUAUGACCAAAACCUAUUGUUUCCUCAUAAGGGCGUGAGAUGCAUUCGGCUCCUCUAACAACUCGACAUUCGGUCUAGCAUUCGUCGACGCGGCCGCAUCCUGUCUUACAGCCUAUUUCAUUACUUCAUUUGUCGCAUUCUCAGAAUGGUCAAAUUUGCACCAGGACACCGGCUGACUGAACUCGACUACACUGCAUGCGCUAAGCUGUUAGUGCCAAAAUAUUAUCCGCUAUAGAAUGCAGUCUGAGACAGAAGGCGGUUGUCGAAUCAGCCGAUUUAUCUGUACACGCAACCAAGACUAGAGUAUUAUGGAAGGAAAUCUCUGUCCAGCUAAAUACUUUCGUGGCAAUCAGCCGUCAGUAUGAACUGAACAAUUUAACUAUCUAAAACCAAGACCUCCUCAAAGGAUCAGUGUAGCGUCACCGUCGUUGCAGGGUCUGUAUAGAUCCGGCGUGCGUUCGACCAAUCCUCCUGCAUCUAGAUCAUUCUUGGGGCCUGCACGUAGGAAACGAGCGAAAACAGAAGUACUAAGUCGCUUUCUGCGGACAAUCCUUUCAAGUGAAGGACGUCGACUUUGUCUCAAAUAAGACAGUCCGCAAUUGCUACCAAACCAUUAUAUGUAUGUAUUAGACCAUCCAAAUAGACGGCCGAGGUCGUUUGAAUAUAUUUCUUACCAUCGGUCUCAGGAGUUCGAUGCUGCUAUCCUUCACUUUACGUUAACUUCCAAGGGAAAACAUCGAAAACGUAGUCAGCUCAAAACCUGUCCCAACAUAAUCGGUAUAGACCUGUGGACGUUUCUCGGAAUAUCGGUAUUUCGUUACUAUCCUCGGAAAAUAAGCAAAUUAAUCGCUCCAGAUCCGUAGCCACCGAUCAUGAUGUGGGGACGAAUAAAAUUUUCUACUUUACCGGGACUGUCUAAACCCAACAUGACCCGAAUCUUGUAAAGCAUACAGUUCGUGACCUAUCUCAUGAAAUCUGAUAACGGAAACUGAUACGAGAAUUUCUGGGGGACUUUAACGUUGAGCAUUUUUUUCGCUCAUCCACACCCUUCAAUGAAAUGCCCUUUUCUUGUGCAGAAUUGUGUUUACGUAAUUAUUUCAAGUAAAAUAUAAGUGAAUUUUAUCGAAAAUGAUCACUAACUGCGUAUAAUAAAUACAAGGAAGUACUAGCCUGGUGAUUGCACUGGUCUUCGAAACGGUGAUACAUAAUGCCAGUCUUUUUGAUUUCCGCCUUCCCUGCUGUAGAUUGUUAUUUUGGACAGCCAUGAACUAUUCGGUGCUUCCCUUAUCCACAUUCUCGGCACAAACCUGUGCAUGUGGGCUGAUGUGACCGUGGAGAAGAUCAAAUCAACCCUUCAUCUCUACGGAAGCCUCCCUAGCAAUGAUAGUGCGCAUGCCAACCACAACACCAACGGUUAUUCGGCUAGCGAAGAAGAAAACUCCACAGCCAUACAUGCCUCCUUCUAUCUCCUGCCUGCGGUCAGCGAGUACUGUCUCCUCUCUGCGGCCCUCAUCUAUGAGAUUACAAAGCGCAUUGGUGAGCCGAGUUAUAUCGAGCUGGAGGAGGAUGAGGGGCACAAAAAGCGGGUAAGGCUACGGAUUCCUGCCUGUUUUCGUUACGGCUCUGCUACCAUUUUGAUACAAAAAAAAGUUAAAAUCCCCCGGCUUUAAUUGCAACCGUGCAUUUGAAUUAUAGGACAUAAAGAAACAAGUGAGAUACUGGGGAGCCAUGAUAAAAUCUGGCUACUGGUCACCCAUCGUGAUUGUCUCCGUUAUCGUGAUUCUGACAAUCGUCACUGGUGUCACACCGAAGGACAAAGUGUCCUACUGGAAGUGCGCCGUCCUCUUCACCGAGGAGAUGUUUCUCGACUGCAUGGGCAUUUUUGUUACACUGGCUGCCUUCCUCAGGCUCCGCCACCUGAAGUUCACCAUUCCAUUGCGCCCAAAAAAUAUUGAUGAAUUCCAGUUGUACAUCGCCUUCUCUUUCACUGUCAUCUACCUGGUCGCUACAGUGGCGCUGGCUAGCUACCUACUGCGAGACCUUAAUUACCCCGUGAGUUAUAAAGCAUUUUGUCUGUAAUCUCUGUAACUUCUUGAGAUGUGCAAUUCGCACUCAGAUUAUGCCAUACUAAUUUUUUUAAAGUGCUCUCUCUCUCUUUUUACCCCUUUCUUCUUUUACAGUAUAAAGUUCAGGAUCUCCUAAUGGGCCGUUUAACACUAGACCUGUUGGAGCUGCUGGAAGUAAUUAUACAGACCUACCUCAUCCAGGACUGUUUCCGUCGGUGCAGUGAGGAGGAAGUUCAACGGAACUCGAAGCCUGGUAGGCAGAUGAUUGCAAUCCUCCUCGGGAUUAACCUUGCUGGUUGGGUGGUCAAGAGUUUUCAGGUAAACAGAAACUUCAGUACGCCCGUACUUUUAUAGAUUACAAAAGUUCCUGUGUCUGACUGGCGGCUGUUUUAAGUUUCUGUUUUUUUUUCAAAUUAACAUGACAGUCGUGUCGGGAGGUCAUAAUGUUCUGAAGGUGGUUUCAUGAAAUCCCAAACACAAGAUACAGUUCAGUAGUUUUCGAUUCGCAAUGAUUACUUCCUUAGGAGAGAAAUUUUCAUCCUCGUGUAGUAUAAUCCCAAAAUAUUUCGGUCACGUCGGGGCACCGGCUUUUGAGCUAGCUUCCUUUCGGCCGCUGGCAAAAUUACACUCUGCAAAAAUGGCUGCUUAAAAAAGGGGAAUAUUUCCCAUUGCUUUUCGGUGUCUUUGGAAAUUUAGAUACAUUUUACGGAAAACCGACACAAAAGCAUUCUUUCUUGCACUCAUUCGGUAGAAAAUUACCUCUUUAAAUUUUAUGCUUAUAGAAAGAUUAGCUCUCGGUUUUAAAAAGUUUCCAAUUUUUAAAUAGUUUUCAUCCCGGCCCACCGUUGUACUCGCGAUCAGGGUUUCCAAACUAUAAGCUAUAUACUUUUGCGUAAUGAAAACUGUAAAUUUCUAUGCUCCAUUAAGAAAUCGUUAUAUAGCACUCAUAAAAUUUUGCAAUGACUUGAGACCGCGUUGGACGCUUGGCAAGCAACAUUAAUAACUGGAAAGAUACAAUGCUUUAUAAAUGGACAUGGCGCGGUCCGGAUAAACCUCAUAAAUAGAAAAUUUUUAAACUGAAAUCAUAAAAUUCAAAGCAUUUUUGAACGGGUAUAAGAACGAAUAUUUCCGUGCAUAUUAUCUACAAAGUAUAUUUGAGUUCACAAGGACAUCAAAAAUAAUUGGAAAAAUGCUUACUGCUUAAGUGGUCACUUUUUAUCAAGUCAACUUUUGCAAGCAAUCGAAAAUAAGUGCAUCCAGAGGGCCAAGUCCAGGAGUUUCUGAAAUAUCGUACGAUUAUACCGCCAGAUAAGCAAUACUACAACCCUACUUAAAUAACCUUUCGGAAUCGAGAACUCCUCUCAGAACUUAGGUUGACAUUUCAUGAAAUAGCGUACCUACUGUACAAGAUGGAAAACUCGUGUGAACAGCAAUUGGUACUAUGAUGCCGGAAUAUAGAACCUAACGACAGGCGUUAUUAUCGGAAGGCUGAUGUUUACAUAGGUUUUUGACUGUCCGCAUGGCAGAUAACUGACCAACUUCGAUUAUACAGAAGCCUGCGAACCUAUCAUCGAAGCUACCACUGCGGCUGUAUUUGAUCCGAGUUCAACGAAACCUUCUCCACGAGCGAUAGCUGUUCUCUUCUGGGUGUGCUUGAAGUAACUGAGCUCUAGUGUCUAAGCGUGUUGGCUGUGCUUGUUAAUCAACAUUAAUACUGACUCCAUUAAGCUUACAGCUUCCGAUUUAUCUUAGACCUACCGUCUUUGUAAGCUUGUUGUAGGUGGACGGCUCUGGAGAAGGGCCCGAGCGUGAUUCAAGUGUCAUUUUCACGGAUUUCGUCUUCAGAAGCCGAAUUUACAAGGAGUUUCUUUUUUGCUUAGUGUGUCUUAUGCAACGGCUACAGGAAUAAACGAGUCUCAUCGACUUUCAUUCGAUGACGCCUCUGAGCGCAACCGUUUAGUGUAAGGAGGGUUUUGAGAUUGGUCCUACUUCUCACAUCCGGUCUCUUGAUGCGCAUGGUAACAGCAGGACCAAAUUUAACGCUUCUUCCACCCACUUUUAUUUUCACUGCAUCGAGUAUUCUGGGUGCCUCCUUUAGCAGCGUACAGACUAUUCACGAAGGUCGUGCGUGAUGUGCUCUUGACGAGGUCGCUCAAUAUUUUUUACUACUACAUAUGAAUUGCGUCUUUGGUGUUAGUACCAGAAACAAUGUGUAAUAAGUCUUACCGGCAAACCCAAGGAUGAGUCAUUCUGUUUUAAUUUGCGUAGCCAGUCAGCCGUAUCCAAUAACUCUUGGAAGAAAGGCGAGAAACGAAAGUUUCCUACUUUUCUGUCUCCAUCGACAAAGCUCCGUUGCUGAUUGCUUCUAAUUAUACGACUACCUGCCAGCAUCCUAUACCAGAAUUACAGGGAGGGGCUGGGUGUCUGUAUUCAGAAGAGCCCUACCGACAAAGAAGAGGGAGGCUGGGAUGGCCACUUCUGGCUUGUUAGCCAUCAUCAGUCAGCUGAACCCAACUCCAGGUUUUUUCAACACUUGAUCCUCGAAGCCGGGACCUGUUGAUUAGAAGUCCAACACUUCAGACACUGGAUCACGGACUCGUUGUACAGUCAGUUGAAAUCGGGUAUAUUAACAAUAAUAGGGGGAACUCGCCGAUCGAGUUAGAGGACGCACUCGUCUCGUUCAACUUUGGGGGCCAUUCGUAAACCCGCAAGUAGCCACUCAGCGGCGACUACUACAGGCAGAAUAACAUCACCAAAAAAGACAAGAAAGACUAGACUGGUCAUUUCUGGCUCAUUAGCCGUCAACGGCCCCCCAUACACUAGUCCUGGUUUUUGCAAUACCUGAAGUUCAAGAGUGGUCUCCAAGGUACAACGGCCGAGUAUGUCCCGUAACGCGAUCCUUGAGCGUCCAUUUGCCAGGGUUCAUUAUGCCAACUUCAUCUAAAUCACCGUCGGUUUCCUCCUGAGAAUUAGCUGGUAACAUGGAAUCCGUCUCAGCAAUCCUGAUACUUCUUUUUUGGAUAUUACAAAUACGCUGUCUUUGAUGAUUGGAAAAGAUGUAACGGUUCCUCUGAUCUUCAUACAGGAUUGCUGUAUUUGCAUACAAGUCUCUGGAUAUGCCGUUUAUUUUAAAAAAAAUCGACUUCGAUUUAAGCACUUCAACUAGAUCCUUCUUUGCUUUAAUGACAAGAGUAAAGGCAAAUUCUCGCUUCCGAUGAGCAGGUUAGAGCAUACUGACGGUCCACUUCCUUACUUCUCUGAUACUCUUCUGAUAACCUGAAUAGUUUUCAUUGUCGUCUCUUCUAAAGGAAUAGGAGGCAUUAUAUCUACUUGGACUUUCUGCUUCUCGAUUGUCAUUUUCUGCACCGAUGCAUUUCCCUUCCUCCUCUUUUUCUUUUUCUUUUUCUUCUUUCCUCCUUUUCAUUAUUUUUUCCUUGUUUAUUUUUUAGCUUAAAGAGGCCGAUAUCCUGUACGUCUUAACAGACAACGCACCUUACGCCUGGGUACUGAUCGCAAUAGCCAUGCCUGUCUACCUCUUCUACCGUUACCAUUCUACGGUCUGCCUAUCAGAAGCCUUCACCAUACUCUACGAGGAUGAGGUAAAAACAAUCAUCUCUUUUCGUCAAGGCUUAAAGCAUUUCUCCCUUAGGAGCAUGUAAUGGCAUUGGGGAAAAAGUGCACGAAGAGUUUGGAGAAAAAAGUUACCCACCGCUACGAGGGUAGCACUUAUUCAUUUGAUGACAUUGUUUGGUCGGAAGAUUUUAGUCUUGAUGCCCUAAAAGGGACCCGAACAAAAAUUUACCUUCCAACAGUGCUGCCAAGGAGGAACUUAAACCCUAUACCAAUGCAUACAGUUCCCUCAUGCGAUCAUACUCAAGACAAAAGACCAAAAUAAUGCACACACUUUCCAUUGGUUAUAGCUGGUAGUGUGCAACACAGCGUUAGACCCCCAGUCCAUGAGCAAGCACUUCAGGCGACAGGAGCUUGUGUAAAACAUAUUUUGAAGCUUAUCUCAAGCAAAACAUAAAGACAUCGUAGCUAGGUGUAUUUUUAUUUAGGCACCUCGUAUAUGUUCAAGUGCUUGAGUGCACACUGUUCUGUUCUUCCAAAUGCGCUGUUCGACCUUGGCUCCUUACCGCCUCGAAAUUAGACAAAAUAUCAAUAAAAGAGCUUCAGAAAUAAAGCGAAUCCGGAGAAGCGGGUGAGGAAAAAACAAACUUUGCCUCAGCGUGGUUUGACCUAGAGCAGUAGAUAAGUUCUCAUAGGGAUGGGAGAAGACGCAACAUACGACCCAACUUUGCUCGUUACUUAUUACUGCCUACUGAUUCCUACGAAAGUAGUGUUGUCCAACUUGGGCGCACUGAUUACCUUUUUUGAAGAUAACAAAAGUUUUUAUAGUUUUUUUAAAUUUCCUUAGAAAUUAGCUGCGAACUUGGAGUAGAUCAAUAUAUCUAAGGUCUAGAGGCUCAGACAUAACUUUUUAUCUAGCGGCAGAGACAGAAAUCGGCGAAACAUGCGUGUAUGGGCUUUUGUUUAGUACCUGUGCUGGCAUUAUGGAACUACCUUACCCCGAAGUAUACUACUAGCUACCUGUGGGCAGUUAACGAAUAUUACGCGGUUAUCCACUGUGACUGAUGGACUUCGGCCCAGAUAUUCCUACAUAAAAACCUAGGUCUGAGCCUAUGGACCUUAAAUAUACUGAUCCACUCCAAGUUCGGGGGUAAUUUCUGAGGAAAUUUAAAAAGCUACACUUUCUAAACUGACGUAUCUACAAGAAAGCAGACAGGGAAUGCUGAGGGACCAACUGACUAGCCGAACACCUCACAGCUGUGUCAUGUAGCGGCAGAAUAUCGGCGAAACACGCGUGUAUGGGCUUUUGGCUAGUAGCUGUGCUGUUAUUAUGGAAUCACCUUACCCUAAAACAUAAAUUUCUGCUUAAACAGCACAUUCAGCUUACCUGUCGAUUGGUAUACACGCUAACUAGGCAUACGUGACCUUUGCUGGCUGCCUUAGCGACUCCAUUGUAUCCCGCUAUUUUGCAUCAUUAUAUCGUGCCGUUAGGUCAUCGUUCCCACUUUACGCUUGUGGGUUCGCAAACGUCAUUCGUCCUUGGGUUCCUAUCGGCUAUUUCGCUGCCUUGGGCUGUGAACAUAGCGUCUUAUUGAAGAAGAAGAAGAAGAAGAAGAAGAAGAAGAAGAAGAAGAAGAAGAAGAAGAAGAAGAAGAAGAAGACACGAUCGCCGGGACAAGAGCUUUAUUAG